AUACCAUUGACCGUUUGUAUGUUGAAGCGUGGAGGUGGAGCGGACGUGUCGCACGGAGCAGGAACAAGUGGCCCAGGCUCAGAAAGAACUGGAGAAGCUGACGACAGCACUUGAGAGACAGAAGGCAGCCAAUGAGGAGUCUGAGGAACAGUUUCUGACAGCCCGUUAUGAGAAAAUGGCAGAGAUGAAGCGGGAGAAGGAGGAGCUAGAGGAACAGAUGAGGCAGAAGCAGAAGGACUGGGACCAGGAGAAGGCCAGAGUCCAGGAAGAACUGGGCCACAUACGUCAUCAGAAGAAAGAUCUUGAGGAAAAGCUCCAGGAUGAACUGAAGAGUGUUUUGGAAGGUACAGACAAACAUGCUACUGACUCAGCUGCAUCAGACAGCAGUGAAGACUUGCCAGUUAAAGGAGAAGAUGGUAAAGAGAUCAAACACCACCGGAAGUCAGUAGAAGGGCAAGUAAAAUUUUUGGUUGAAAAAGAGCUCUUGACAGAAAUAGAUCAACGCCAAAAGAUGAAAGAGCUUGAGGCCCAAACAAAGGAGUUGAAGGACAGGCAUGACAAGUUAUUGUCUGAGCUUAAUCAUAAGCAGCAGGAAGUUGAACAGCAAGAAGAACACAUUAUUAAAGAUGUUGAUCAUUACAAAGACAUUGUCAACAAGGACAUGGAGGUCAAGAAACUUGAGACUGAGAAAGAGCAGUUGCAAUUUUUCAUUCAGGAAAAGAAGGACCUUAUGCAUGUCAAGUCAGCUACUCCAAAACUCUCAAGGUUGGAAUUAGUCUUGAGAAAUUACCCAUCUCUCAUCAGUCAGCCUCUGCCAAGCCAUCUCCGAGAAGCACAAGUCUGCUGUCAUUGUCAGAGAAGCCCCAAACUAUGGCACAGCACUUAUUGAUGAAGGCAUCUGAUUCAAACAGUGCAACACCAA